AUGCCUCUCACACAGUUUCUCCUUCAUCCCUCUCCAGAAGAGGAGAAGAGGAAACGCAAGAAAAAGCGCCUGGUGCAGAGCCCCAAUUCCUACUUUAUGGAUGUGAAAUGCCCAGGAUAUAAAAUCACCGUGGUCUUCAGCCAUGCACAAACGGUAGUCCUGUGUGUUGGCUGCGCCACUGUCCUCUGUCAGCCCACAGGUGGAAAAGCAAGGCUGACAGAAGGAUGCUCCUUCAGGAGGAAGCAGCCUUGA